AUGAGUUCCAACGACGAUAUGAUUUGCCCUUCCGAACGGGCGUCGUGUUUAAAUAGCGAAUAUGAAGACAAGGAUUAUUGUCGCUAUACUGCCGAGAGAUCCCGUGAGCUGUGGGAAAUCAAAAAGGUCUUCAAACCCGAAGAUCUACGUCAUUACGGCGUACGCAGCGACAGAUCUCUCAUCCACUUCUUCGACCACGCGCGCUUACUAAAUGCAUCUUUCGGGACCUUUCCCCUUGGGUUUACCCCUGAAGUAGAAGGUAUGAAAGCAGUUGUCCAGGAUUUGAAGAAUGCCCAUGGACCAGAGACUGAAGUAAAAAUUUGGAACAUACCAGCGCACCUGUCUCUGGAGACGGAAGGCAGAAGAUUUUCACACGAGAGCUUUCAUCCUGGGCUAUCGCUGCUGGACCCCAUCAUAAAUGACACCUCCUCAGAGGGUUACGUUCCUCGACGACUGUCGAUGAACGGCUCUAAGUCCGUCAAGGAGGAUAUGUGCCGCCUCUGGGGCACCAUGCAGGAAUCACCAGUCUGGGCAAAAUCAACGUGUGGCGUUGUGACCAUCCCACACUGGGGCACCACGGCGCUGCGGAAUCGUGCUCGACAGCAGCUCCUGCUUGCAGCCUUCAUGGGCCUUUUCGCAGUUCAAGUUCCCUUACCUCUACUCCACGACGAGGGUGAACCCCACCAUGACGCCAACGCACACGAAGGUGACGCAAGGAGCCAGAAGGAACAGUCUCUUACCACGGCACGCAAUUGGGCCCUCUUGGGCCACGUCAGGGACGAACUUGUCUCUUUUAUUCAGACGUCUAAUGGUGUCAAGAUAUGGGUUCGCUGCGACGCUUGCCAGCCAGAGCAUCUCGCGCAGUACCAGCGCCUGCAUCAGCUGAUGUUGUACGGCUACGAGUGCGACCCGGUCUCGAAGGAGGCUAUUGGACCUCAUCGAGGCAUCACAGUUGACAAUGCCACGGAGGUUGUUUGCCGUGAGGCUAUUACGAGUCUCAUGCCGAUGCUCUAUUUCUCUGAUACGCAAAAGAGCAUCAUCACAGCAUGGCUCGGGGAGGACGUAGGUGUGUUUGAGCCACCACCUGCAGAGCAGCUGUUCCGACUCUUGCCCUCUAUUAAAAAGUCUUCGAAUACUAAGGCUGAGCUGUCUCAUGGACAGUCGCCUGUGCGUUUUGAAUCGUCUGAGUCUUGGAAUAGUUACUCCAUCGGUAUAGCUAGCUCUAGAGAUAACCAUAGCGAGCAUGCAAGUCGCGACAUCGGAAGCGACAAGAAGGAUGAAGGGGUUGACCGGCGGAUUCCGGCAUCAAGUCAUGCUGACCCUUGCAUCUCCUGCACUGAGAAUAAGGUAGCAGUACAAUCUGUGCUGAAGGACGACCUCCUUGCAAGGGAUACUGCGCGAUGGGGCGGGCUCUACCCACCUCGUGUCUCGCUCGUGACUUUUCUUCUCGAGUUGAUGCGGCGUCGAGGGGCACCUCUCUUUUCCUUCCCGUUGUUUGAUGACUACGCUAUAAUGAAUUGGUUGUAUUCUAGGGAGGUGGUCGAUCCUACACGUGAGCAGUUCGGAGGCUAUGAGGACACGCUGCAGCUGCCUCUACAGCCGCUGUCGCAACCAUUGCCAAAUGCCGUUUAUCACAUCUUCGAAUGCGACUCCACCAAGUAUAGUCUGUAUCACGAUGCUAUUUUUCUGUUUUUACGAGACUGGGCUAGCCGUGACCCUGCCUUGUUUCAUCACGGGCUCCUUAACAAACGUUUAAUGUCAUCCAUCACAGUGGGCGUUGGUGCCAACGGCAACGACGUCGACCACGAGGGAGCGGUGGUGCAAGCAGGAAAGACAGUGUAUAUUGUACUCCUCGGCUGUGGGCGUGGUGGCAUCGUGGACGAGAUCAUUUCUGUGGCCUCAACACUGGAUCUACGCUUGCGCCUCUUCGCGAUUGAAAAAAAUCCACCUGCUGCUGAAUUGGCGCGGCUACGCUGGCUUUGUGAUCCGGUGUGGUCCCAGCAAGCGGCAACAUUUGGUCAUACCUUGGAGGUAAUAAUUGGCGACGGCCGGUACUUGUUCGAGGAGUCGGAUAGUAACGAGUUGGGGGUGGGGUCGAUCCAGCUUCCCGAUGACUUUGGGAUUUGUGACUUGCUGGUCGCAGAAAUGUUGGGCAGCUUUGGCGACAACGAGCUCUCACCUGAGUGUAUUGAUGCCUUUUACAACCAGUUGCUGCGCCUGCAGGCGGUGAAGGGCAUCACCCCCAACAAGAAUCUCGUCUGCAUCCCACAAAGCUACACAACAUGGGUAGCGCCGUUACACUCGACGCGUAUAGAACAAUGUGUACUCGACACCGCGAUUCGUGGCCUUACGGUGCGCCCUGAACGUUGCACCAACCGCCAUGUGGCCAUCUUUUCAUCCCCGUUGGUGUCCAAUUACUCUCGCGGCGUGUUGCUCACGUCUCCACAAGCUUGCUGGACCUUUUCCCACUUACUCCCCGCAAGCCCGAGGGCGGAGCCAGCUUGUGGUAGUUCCUAUGAACGGCGCUGCACAUUGCGUUUCAGAAUCCCCGAGAAUGCGCGUUGCAGCGGUAUGGCUGGCUUCUUCAGCUGUGUGCUAUACCACUCAGAGGUUGAUGGGAAGGAGGUGAUCAUGAGCACAGAGCCACGCAGCCGAACCCCAGGCAUGUACAGUUGGUUUCCAGGCUUUCUUCCUCUCGACCCUUCACUUCAGCUGCAGGCACUGGACGGUGCAAGCGAAAUCGUAUUCAGCUUUUACCGUCAUAUUGAUGAGAAGGAGAGGCGAGUGUGGUACUCGUGGGGAGUUGAAGAUAACAGCGGCAGCGCUCGCUGCGAUUGCUCGGUUGGUCAUAGUAAUGAUCACAAACAGAUAUCUGAAGGGAACACUAUGAGGUUGCUUAAUGAAGGAGGCUGGGCGGCGUCCAUGACCUUGUAA